AUGGCACUACCAUGGGUUGCAUUUGACAGCAUCGCCUCACUGGAUGGAGAUUGCGCCAACGGAGCAGAACCAGACAUCGCGGGCAUCGGUGUCGUUCUAUCCUUCCUUAUCGCCAGCUUUAUGACAACUUUCGCCUCGAUCCUCGCCAUGCUCCUUGACCAAGCCUUUGAUUCAAAAGGCCACUUCAACCCUCGCGCACCGCUCACAUACCUCCGCGAGCACUUUGUUGAAAACCAAUGGAAGAAACACUACGCCUGGCGUCCGUUCCUCGAUCCUCUCAUCAUCGGCUUUGGAGACCAGCAGCUUGUGACUGGCUAUGCUGUUUUGCUGACUGGAUGGAUCAAAGUCGCGCAAGCAACAUUCCGCGUCCGAUCCGCACGUUUUGUCCUCAUCCUCUAUAUCUGCGCGUUAUCAUCCUCAUCUCACCUUGCCGCGCUUAUUACACUCCGCAAAUACUUCCGCAAAUACAGAUUCAUAGCCAAAAUCCGGAUUGGCCUCGUUAUACUCUUCGCGGUUUUCUUGCUUGCCAGCAUGUUGGCGACAAUCAUCAUGCCACCGGUACUCAUCACAGACGAUGAGGGUGAGGGUACGGGGCCGGGGAGUCAUUUUCAAAAAUAUGUCUUUCUGACACUGCUACUGCUCAUAUUCAUUGGGGUUUCCACGGCGCUGGUAUGCAUCUUGCAUGAUCCUAAUGACCGCCGACGAGGCUCUCCUUCUUCACUGCCAUCCUCGUCUUCCAGGGGAUACCGCAUACGACAUCUCAUCCGCAGUGUCACAUAUCCCGAGAAAGCAGACAACGGAAUUAGCAGAUUGUACUUGUAUCCGGCUAAGCUUGCACGGCGACUUAUAUGUCUUCUUUUUCUCACUCCCAGCGUUGCCUUCGUUGUGCAAAAUCUACUUGCAAAUAUAUCCGCUGUAUUGGUGCUUACGCAGAAGUUUGUAAAACCUAAGGAUGAGAAGAGGUUCUGCGGGAUGCAGAGCAAGGAGGAGAAUGUAUGGGGGUUUGGACAAAUGUUGAGUGUGGUUAUGCUGCUGUUGCCGAUCCUGACGGCGGCACAGACGUAUCUUGAGGCGAGGCACGAGAUUCUUGAGAGUUAA